AUGUUCAGUGGCUCCUCGAGCCCACCCAAAGAUAAACCAGAAACAAUUCCACACUCGGAGGCCAUCAAUACCCCGUCCCUGACGGUCAAGACCGACGAAGCUACCGUAUCCCAGAAGAAAUUUUCUCCUCCCGGUGGAUUCUUUGGUCGCAGAGCGAGCGACGAACCGAGCCCUGGCGGCGAGAAGAAGAGGAGAAGCAGUACCGUCACCAAAGCAGCGACAUUGUUCUCCAACGCCAAAAACUCGUUAAGUUGGAGCAACUCUCGUGAAUCCGCUGCGACCCUUACCGUGGCUCACUCGCCACCUACUUCUCUACACAAACUUGGGAGAAUGGAUCCGGCAUUGAUUGUCCCCCAAGGAGUUGGUGUCACAGAGGACCGGAACCGAAGAUGUCGUCGGACUAUGGAAGAUACUCAUGCAUACCUCUACAAUUUCUUGGGGACGCCCGCACCCUCCGGCCAGGCUGAUGUCAAUGGCAAAAGGCAGUUCGGCGAUGUCUCGCCUACAGCUGUAGAAGAAACCAGCGUUGUCGAAACCGACAAUGGGUAUUUCGCGAUCUUCGACGGGCAUGCCGGCACAUUCGCUGCUGAGUGGUGUGGCAAGAAGCUGCAUCUGAUUCUGGAGGAGGUCAUGCGGAAAAACCCCAACACUCCGGUUCCGGAGUUGCUUGACCAGACUUUCACUUCUGUCGACCAGCAGCUGGAGAAGCUGCCGUUAAAAAACAGCGGCUGUACCGCUGUCAUUGCUCUUCUACGCUGGGAGGACAGAGUUCCUAGUUCUCAUUCCGUGACCGGCUCUUCUGCAUUGGCUCCGGCCGCUGCCGCUGCCGCCGGACCCAACUCGGAAGCCGACAACACCCCAACUCAAUCAGCACCUGCAUCUGUGCUCCCGAUAUUACAUGAGAAAGCCGCCCGUCAACGAGUUCUCUAUACUGCGAAUGUUGGCGACGCUCGCAUCAUUUUAUGUCGCAACGGUAAAGCGCUACGCUUAUCGUACGACCACAAAGGCAGCGACGAAAAUGAGGGGAAACGAAUCGCCAACGCUGGAGGAUUGAUACUUAACAACCGAGUGAACGGAGUUCUUGCCGUCACGCGAGCUCUUGGUGAUGCUUAUCUCAAAGACCUUGUGACUGGCCACCCAUACACUACAGAGACAGUCAUCCAACCUGAUCAGGAUGAGUUUAUCAUUCUGGCUUGCGACGGGUUAUGGGACGUAUGUAGUGACCAAGAAGCGGUAGAUCUGAUACGGAAUAUACAGGAUGCUCAGGAAGCCUCAAAAAUGCUUGUUGACCAUGCCCUUGCUCGCUUCAGUACUGAUAACCUCUCUUGCAUGGUGAUUCGGUUUGACAACAACCGUGUCAAGGAGGUUGUCAACCGCACGGUCGACCCGAUCGGUGUCGACGGUGAUCCAGCCACGCAUGCGGGAUACGGAGUGAGCGAGGCUGAUAAGAUUGUCGAGGGCGCCAGAAAGAGCAUGGCCAAUACAGAAAUCACCGAUGAUGCCGAGCCAGCAGAGAAAGUCAUGGAUGAGGUUUUACAGAAGAUGGCUGAUGAUGGGCCAGGGCCCGACGUCCCUAUUGAGGCGACUUCGCCGAAUAAGGUUGGGUCGAUUAAUGGAAGUACAUGA